CGAUUUCAGUGCCUUGGGGAAGUAAAUCUUAUAGAAAAGUCAUUCGAAUAUCAACGUUCGAAGCAGUGAGAAGUAUAUUUUUAUAUUUCACAAAUUAAAAAUUAAGCUAUGCCAAUGUCUCGUGGGGAUGCAACCGUUUUGGAAGGCGGAGAUCUGACCAAGAACGACUCGAACUCGCAGCAGUCGGCGGAAGGACCCAGCCCAUUUGCCGCCUGCCAAAAGCCACGUCCAGAUACCAGUUCUCUGCCAGUUCGCCAGUAUCUGGACCAGACCGUGGCCCCCAUACUGCUCCACGGACUUCAGGCCCUAGCCCGGGAUCGACCCAGUGAUCCGGUCAGCUUCCUGGCCACAUAUCUCCUAAAGAACAAGAACCGCUGCGAUGAGCUCAACACUGAGAGCAUUUAACCAUAUUUGGUUUUAAAUCCUAUUUGUCAACAUUUUUUUUAUGGGCCGAUUUUCAUUUCACACAAUUUUUCCGUCUUGUACACAACUUUUCGCUGAUUAAAAGCUGGCAAAGCACUUACCAGCCACGAUUUCAUGGUGA